UAUUGCUAGCCGCCGCCGCCGACGACCGCCCUUUAGUUUCUGAUUCUAGAAAGAGAAAGUGUCUCCGGUCGGACUGCAAUGGCUAUAACUUCCACAAUUUCAUCAUCCAUCUCUUUACGUUGCCACCGUCGUUCUCAUUACUCAGCUUCCUCCUUUCUUUCAUCUCAUUCUUUCCACCGCGUUAACAUUCCCAGAAUCGGAAACGCUUCUCGAAACCCUAUUCUUGUCGUUUCAGCCAAUUCAAUGAGCGUCGAAGCUCCUCAGAGAGAAUCUUCUACUUCAUUUCUCGAUCAUAAAGAACGCGACGUUCUUAAUUUCGUCAAGUACCAUGGCCUUGGCAACGAUUUCAUCAUGGUUGACAAUCGAAAUUCUGCAGAGCCUAGGAUCACACCAGAACAAGCGGUGAAGCUAUGUGAUAGAAACUUUGGCAUUGGUGCUGAUGGUGUAAUCUUUGCUAUGCCUGGCAUUAAUGGAACUGAUUAUACCAUGAGAAUUUUCAAUUCUGAUGGAAGCGAACCUGAGAUGUGUGGCAAUGGUGUUAGGUGCUUUGCCAAAUUUAUUGCUGACCUUGAGAAAUUGGUUGGAAGACAAAGUUUCACCAUACAUACAGGUGCUGGCCUAAUUGUUCCUGAAACUCAAGAGGAUGGACAGGUUAGAGUUGACAUGGGUGAACCAAUACUUAAGGCUUCUGAUGUACCCACAAAAAUUUCUGCAAACCGAGAGCAGGCUGUUAUAAAAUCAGAGCUUGCUGUAGAUGGAGUCAUCUGGAAUGUGACAUGUGUCAGCAUGGGAAACCCUCAUUGUAUUACUUUUGGUACAAAAGGCGGCGAGGGUUUGCGGAUUGAUGAACUAAAUUUGCAAGAGAUUGGUCCAAAAUUUGAGCAUCAUGAAAUGUUCCCUGCACGAACUAAUACAGAAUUUGUAGAGGUAUUUUCUCCUACACACCUAAAAAUGCGAGUAUGGGAACGUGGUGCAGGUGCCACACUUGCUUGUGGAACUGGUGCAUGCGCUGUUGUGGUUGCAGCAGUUCUUGAAGGUCAUUCCAGUCGAAAAUGUACUGUUGAUUUGCCUGGUGGGCCAUUGGAGAUUGAGUGGAAUGAGAAAGACAACCAUGUGUAUAUGACAGGACCGGCUGAGGUAGUCUUCUACGGAUCAGCGUCGCUGUAAGGUAAUCAUAAAUGUUGUGGAAAAUGUAAAAUUAUUACAUUUCGACUAGCGGUCUUUUAAGCUUGUUUAUUGGUGAACAAUUUCAAGGAGGAUGAAUGUACUAUUUUGAAAUUUGUUUUUAAAUGACUUGUGACAGAAGUGAUAGCUCUAA